GCGGCCCUCGGGGAAGACAGAUGGGGUGAGAGACAGCGCCCGGUCCGGCUGUCAGCGCGGCCCCAGCCCCGCCGCGGAGGGAGCCCCUCCUCCCCGCCGCGCUCCCGGCCGGGGAACCAUGGCGUCCAGCGAGGAGGACGGAGGCGGCAACGGCGCGGCGGAGGAGAAGGAGAACGGCAAGAAGAAGAAGAAGCUGGGCGCCCUGGCCACGACCUGGCUCAUUUUCUACAACGUCGCCAUGACGGCUGGGUGGCUGGUAUUAGGUAUUGCCAUGGUGCGGUUUUAUAUACAGAAAGGAACACAUAGAGGCUUAUUCAGGAGCGUUCAAAAGACGCUUAAAUUUUUCCAGACAUUUGCUUUGCUUGAGGUAAUCCACUGUGCAGUUGUUCGCACAUCUGUGCUUGUGACUGGGGUCCAAGUGAGUUCAAGAAUCUUCAUGGUGUGGUUCAUUGCACAUAGUAUAAAACAGAUCCAGAAUGAGGAGAGCGUUAUUCUUUUUCUGGUCGUAUGGACUGUGACAGAGAUUACUCGAUAUUCCUUCUACACAUUCAACCUGCUCAACCAUUUGCCAUACUUCAUUAAAUGGGCCAGAUACAACUUUUUUAUCAUUUUGUAUCCUGCUGGAGUUGCAGGUGAACUGCUAACCAUAUAUGCUGCUUUACCCUAUGUGAAGAAAACAGGAAUGUUUUCACUGAGACUUCCCAACAAAUACAAUGUCUCCUUUGACUACUAUUACUUCCUUAUUAUUGUCAUGUUCUCCUAUGUGCCACUAUUUCCACAACUCUACUUCCACAUGCUGCGGCAGAGAAGAAGGGUGCUUCAUGGAGAAGUGAUUGUGGAAAAGGACGAUUGACUCAAGCUGUGUAACCAUGGUGCUUUUAAUGGAAAGGAAAAGAAGAGAGGGUAAAAAUCCAAGACUUCCUCUGAUUUUUCUGAGUCCAAAUUUUAAAGCAUGGAACAAGAAUAAACAACUGUGCCUAAAAUAUCAUGGACUGUAUUAUUUUUGCAAUUAAUAUAUAUUCAGACCUACCUUUUUAUCCUCAGAUGCACUUUGGUUUUUAAUUGUUCAUUUCUUCAAAGAAUUAUUUUCUUAUUUUCAGUAGGUUGACAAGUAGCUUUAAGAAUUAGAAUAGUUGGCUACUGUGCCUUGUAUUCUGAAAGUUCUGUUGUGACCUAUAGUCAUUAUCAAGAACAGAAGGGGAGUUGAUAAGUUGUACUGAAAGUGAGUCUUCUGGAAAUCAGAGUGUAAAUUAGGUAAUGAUGUUUUUUCACAGACUAGGUGAAUUGAAUGGUAUUUAAGGUUUAUAUUAAGUAAUAACCUUUCCAGUCAUAAGUACUGUAGCAUGUUGUUCAACAUUUUUUGAAUUACAGUAUCACACUGCAGAAUUCCAGAAGGACUUUUGAAAGGAGUUGAAUACUUGAUUGUCAGUGCAAAUUUAGACCUCCCUGUAUUUUCAUUUGUAAUUUUAAAGAUACUUAGAAUAAUAGAUGUAAUAUUAACUGGUUAAAUGUUUGUGCUGAGGAGUAGACAGUAUGUGUCUACCUUUCUCUAAUCAGUGGCUGGAAUGGGAUUCCUUUGCAGAGCAAAGCUGAUUGUCAGCAUGUUUCCUAUUCUACAUUUAAAUUAUGUAUACAGAAAAAUCAGUAUUGCAUUGAAAAACUGUAGCUAUGGUGAGAUAUUUGACUUUUUUUAAAUAGCUCAGUGGGAUAAAAUAUAUUUAAUCUAGCAUCUUAAAAUAUAAAUUGUGCUUUGAUUCAUCUCAUUGGGCAAUUUUAAUUGCUCCCUCCCCAUUAAUUGUUUAUACUGUGUUGACCUAUUUCUAUUUUAUGUCUUCAAUAACCUGCAAGAAGGAUCUACAGCAUAUUGAUAGAAGUUACAGAUGAUAUUGUGAUACCUGAGUGGGAGAGGUCCAACAAAUUAGAAGAUUUUGAUCUAACAACCUAGGAGAUUCAGAGAAAAGGUGAUGCAUUUGAAGAAACUUGGAUACUUAGUGAGAGAGAGAAGAUGGAAAUGUAGUAUUGUGGUAUGAAGUCUUGAAAAUUUAGGCAACAAACCUGUCUUGCUUCUGGCUUCACUGAUGUCAAAAGAAGUGCAUACAUAUGUGAAAGAGCUGCAUCAGGCAGCUGUAAAUCUGAAUGCUUGUGAUUGCUGAGGUAAUUUCUGGAAUACAGUCUUAUAUUUUGGUUACCUCAGGGAUGAAGAAUUGGAUAAUCUCGUGAAAGCUCAGAAAACAAUAGCAAAACUAGUUGAAGUGAGAAAGAAGUGGGAAAGAUUGAGUCAUUAAUAUGUGUGUUUCUUUGUUAUAUGUUAAAUACAUGGAAGAGCUUUUCUAAGUACAGAGGUAUGAUGAAUUUGAAACAUGGUAAAUAGCCAAUGAAUAUCAGAAGAAAGGUCCUGCUGAUAAGAUCAGUUAGGUUACAGAAUGACACAGUAGUGCUUAUCAAUGCAUACAGUGUCUUGGAAGGUUUUCAGUUAGAGUUGGCAAGAGAUUGAACUACAUAUUUGAAUAGGCAGUUUCCAUUUUUAGCUUCAAUGAUUCUAUGAUAAUACUUUAGCUUUUUUGAAAUUUGGAGAUAUGCCAGAAAAAGGUCUAUCAGGUAAUUUGAUAAAAAACCAAGGAUUUGCUAUAUCCCUAACUUUCAAAUUCCAUGUUGUGCCUUGAAUUUGUGAUAUAUAUGCAUGUCUUCAUUACACAUAAAUGAGUUUCCUUUUAUAUGACAGGUGCGUAGUGGACUUUAAACAGAACAGUUGUGUCUCUUUAAAUUUUAAAAGGUAUAAUCUUUGUAUUCCUUAAAUUUCACACAAGGUGCUCUAAUUUAACUUACUACUUCGGUUUUUAUGCAGCUAAAAUUAUUAAAAGCUUAAAAUAUAAACUGCAUUUACAACACUGAAUCACAAAACAGUUGUGCUAAUGUGUUCAGACUAGCAGUUGUAUGUGUCCAACAUUCUUUCAGUACUGUUUUAUAAACUAUGAGGAACAUACUGGCAGUUUUGGGAAAUAUAUCUCCAUUAGCAAACAGAAUAGUGUGAUGAAAUAUGAGAAACUAAGAUCUGUGUCUUUUUUAACUGUCAGGGCAGCUCACUGAAGACCAUAGCUAUCAAUUCAUUCAAAAUGCAUUGGAUACUUAAGGAUGUGAUUUUGAUUUCCUUUAUCAGAUGAAAGUAUCCUGUAGAUAGUAUUCCUUCUAAAAGGAAUACUUGCACUAUAGAAGUGUAUUAUAUUUGUUUUCAUUGUGGCCUAAGGAUAUUAUCAUAUGCUAAUGAAGGACCUAUUUUUAUAUCAUUUUUUUACAUAUGAAAUGAAAACAAUACAACACUGUUUGCUACAAUCUUGGGUUGCACUUCCAUCAAGCAACAAUGUACAAGGUAAUGAUACAAUUUAAAAAUGGAUUUACAGCUACAAAACAGUCUUGCUAAAUAAUGAAUUAAUAAAAGUAAAGCUAAAAAUUACUUACAGUAUCACAUUCAAUGUUUCAUUGACCAGAGAGAUUGCCAUGUAAUUAGUUUACAUGGCAUUUACCUUAAAAAAGUAAGCAACAUAUUCUUUACUUCCUCUUGUUUUUUGACUGAAACCUUUCACUAAAGCUUCCUUUUCACAGAAUCAGUAAGGUUGGAAAAGGCCUCUGAGGUCACAAAGUCCAACCUUUGAACAUCACCACGUCAACCAGACUAUAGCACUAAGUGCAAUGUCCAGCUGUUUCUUGAAUGCUUCCAGGAAUGGUGACUCCACCACCUCCCUGGGGAGCCAGUUCCAAUGCCUGACCAGCCUUUCUGUGGAGAAAUUUGUACUGAUGUCAAACCUGAACCUCCCCUGGAACAGCUUGAGGCCUUUUCCUCUUGCCUUGUUGCUGGUUGCUAUUCUGUUAACAUAUCUUCUGAAAUGUAAUGAGGAUUGCAGGUAAAAUCUUCUUGCCAAUGACUUCAGAUGAGCUAGGAUUUUAUCCUAAGUAGUUUAUUUAAAUUUCAAUAUACCAUCUUGAAACAUAGUUGACCUGUUAAAUAGACAUUAAAACUUAAGUAUGAUUUUCAUAUGGUGCUCUCUUUCCAACUUCUUUUUUACAUGUCUUUUUUGUUUUUCUCUCUGCAAUAUUCCUACUUUUCUAAAGCAUUUAAAUCCUCCUGCUUACGUAAGAUUAAGAAUGUAUUCAAACAUCAGUGUCUCUAAUGUUUGCAUGUAGUCUUUAACAAAUUGUCCUUAUAAAAGUGUUUUCUUACUUGUUCUAUAUAGGCCUUCUGAAAUGGAUUAAUAUAGAGCAUGGCCUUUUGAAACUUUUUGAAUAGCAGUACAUAAAAUAGGGAGAUGUCUUUUAAUCAGGUGAUAUUUCCUACUCCUGGUAGAAACAGAAACCAUCUUUUGUAUAAACCCUACCUGAAAGCAGCUGGAUUUCUUGACAUUCUCUACAGCACUCACAUAGUGUGAAAAGCUGUUUUGGGACAGACUGGGUUGUUUCACAGCUCAGCCCAGAAUGUUUGGAGGUCAAAUCCCAGCUUCGGGGCAUGGGCAGCAGAAAGGAAUAUGAUGCUGAGAUAUUGCAUCUUCUGCAAUAUCUGCCAAGGGGUCACUGAGGCCGUGGUGUGCAGUAGUUGAUAGAUACCAUUUCCUCCCCCCCUCAGGAUGGAGAUGAGAGGAAGCUCAGUGUGCUCACAUUACCCUCUGCUGAGGGAGCUCAGGAGAUCAGCUGGGAGGAUCUCUGUGCACAAGGGGGUGUUACAGAAAGAACUCUCCUGCUCCACUCAGCUCUCCUCUGCUAUCGGGCAGCCUACAUGUCUUGGGAUAUACCGGCCUGGCAGGAUGGGCGUGGCACACGCGUCCCAACAGUGCAGUUCAGCGUAAACCGCCUUGGAGAAAUGGUGCUGUUUCUAACUGCCAUUGUACCUUACACUUAGCCAGGCUCAUGUUCCUGGAUAGAUUGAAAGGCUAAUUAACAGGAGAUGCAUGGAGACCUUUUCUGGGAUCAGAUUUAAAUAGGUACCUUUUAAAUCUAGGUCUAGCUAGUGCUCUGACUGUGGUACUCUCAGUCUUCAUGGUAGCUUACUUUAGUGGAUAAUUGGAUAUGUGUAUGAUUACUAAAUAAACUAGAAUGAAACCAAUUCACAAUCGUUAUAAUAAUUUAUAAUUUUAAAAUAGUUUACAUUAGUUUUUGAAUUGACCUCUUGAUUAAUCUGCCUUUAGAAAGAAAAAAAGGAAAGGAAAGUUAGUACAAAUAAAUGUUCUGCACUAGGCAGUAGGGCUUCAUAAAUCAAAAUUUUCAGGGAGGCAGACUGAUUUUUUAAGUGGGAUUUUUUAAACAAAAAAAAAGUGAAAGCUCUUCUGAAAAUCAAAGUUUAUUUUAUAAUGUAUGUUUUAAAAUGUGCUGAGACUUACUGUAUUAUUUAUCACCAGCUUACAAUUUAAAUUCAUGCUGUACCUACAGUUUUUAUAGAUGAUUAACUGAAGCCCAUUAAAAUGUUUCAUUCUGUGUUUGUUACAAAGGCUGGUUUAAAAACAAGCUCCCCAUUUUUCUGCAGAGCUCUGUGUGAGUGCAGUGUUGUUAGUGCCUGGGAUGCUUUGCCAGGCUGCUAAAGCAGCAGGUUUCAGUUUAGCUCCGUGAGCUGGCUUCCAGGAGGGCACAGCUCCACAGCGGGUGGCACUCUCGGCUUGGUGUCGGGCACCGCUGUGCCACUGUGCCACUGGUGCCGUUCUGGGGUCUCGGGCACCUUCAGAAGGAUGGACAGCUCCAGAGAUGUCCCCAGCUGACUCAUCCCCAUGACUCCCCAGAUGGAGAAGACCUGCCUAGUGAACUCUUAGGUCACAAAAGCAAAUGUGUCAAGCAAACUGAGAGUACUCCCGAGAGAACUGUGGAGGACUGAAUGUUGGGUGACUCCGGCCCUCUCUAGGAAGCUGUUGGCAAUUUCACGCCUGCGGCUGGUAGUGGCUGGUGAUGUUCAGUACUUUCUGUGUCAUGAUGUACCACCUGAAACACUGUCUUUUUAUUCAUACCUCUCCUGCCUCUCUGUUUGGUCUUGAAUGUAUUUGAAUCUCCUUUCAGUUUAUGGCUUUGUAAAAGUGUAAGUGCAGAAAAAAUUAUCUAAGUGUAUAGAAUAUAUAUGUGUAGAAUUGUACUGUAAGUUUCUUAAUAAUGUAAAUGCUCUGCAACUGCUUAUUAUUGUUAUUUCUUCUGAAAUGCAUUAUCAUUAGAAGUUUACACAGACAGGAAAGCAACACAAUAUGAUAAUUGUGUUGAUAAUGAUAAUUCUAAUAACUUAUUUACUUGCAAAAAUUAUAAUAUUUUUUGAGAUAUAGAUUCAGAUAUUUGUUUUAGAGAUUGUUAAUACUGUAGCACUGUAGAAAUUAAUCAUCAAUUAAAAGAUAUUUUAAACUU